AGAAACUAGUCUGUCUGUGUCAGUGUGAGCAGUGAAAUGGCUGAAGGUGGAGGUUUACUGGAUCAGGACCAGUUCAGCUGUGCGAUCUGUCUGGAUCUACUGAAGGAUCCGGUGACUAUUCCCUGUGGACACAGUUACUGUAUGGGCUGUAUUAAUGGCUGCUGGGAUCAGGAUGAUCAUACUGGUGUCUACAGCUGCCCCCAGUGCAGGGAGACCUUCACCCCAAGGCCUGUUUUAAGAAAAAACACCAUGCUGGCUGAAGUGGUGGAGAAACUGAAGAAGACAGGACUCCAAGCUGCUCCUCCUGCUCACUGUUGCGCUGGACCUGGAGACGUGGCAUGUGAUUUCUGCACUGGGAGAAAGCACAAAGCUGUCAAGUCCUGUCUGGUGUGUCUGGCCUCUUACUGUGAAACUCACCUCCAGCCUCACUAUGAAUCUCCUGCCUUUAAGAAGCACAAACUGGUCAAAGCCACUGAAAACCUGCAGGAGAAUAUCUGCUCUCAUCAUGACGAACCGCUGAAGAUUUACUGUCGUACCGAUCAGCAGUGUAUCUGUUAUCUGUGUACAAUGGAUGAACACAGAGGCCAUGAUACAGUCUCAGCUGCAGCAGAAAGGACUGAGAAACAGAAGCAGUUGACACAGAGUAAAUUCCAGCAGAGAAUCCAAGAGAGAGAGAAGGAGCUGCAGGAUCUGAGACAGGCUGUGCAGUCACUCAAGCACUCUGCACAGGCAGCAGUGGAGGACAGUGAGAGGAUCUUUACUGAGAUGAUCUGCUCCAUUGAGAGAAGGUGCUCUGAGGUGAAAGAGCUGAUCAGAGAUCAGGAGAAGGCUGAAGUGAGUUGGGCUGAAGGACUCCUGGAGCGACUGGAGCAGGAGAUUGCUGAGCUAAGGAGGAGAGACGCUGAGCUGGAGCAGCUUUCACACACAGAGGAUCACAUCCAUUUCCUCAAGAGCUGUCAGUCUCUCUGUGCCCCUCCUGGACCUGAAGACUUACCCAGCAUCACUGUCAGUCCACGUGUUCUUUUUGAGGCUGUGACGAAAUCUGUCUCUGAGCUGAAAGAGCGACUGGAAGAUGUUUUCAAGGCGGAGUUUGUCAAAGUUUCUGGAAAAGUGGGAAGAGUCCAUAUUGUUGGCCCUGAAGAGCCCAAGACCAGAGAGGACUUCUUACAAUAUUCCUGUCAGCUCACACUGGACCCCAACACAGCGCAUGACAAGCUCCGUCUGGCUGAGAGGAGCAGAGAGGUGACCCGUGUGAGAGAGAUCCAGUCAUAUCCUGAUCAUCCAGAGAGAUUUGACUACUGCUCCCAGGUGCUGUGCAGAGAGGGUCUGUCUGGACGCUGUUACUGGGAGGCUGAGUGGAGAGGAGAUGAUGAUGAUAAUGAUGAUGAUGGGGUUUAUAUAGCAGUGACAUAUAAAGAGAUCAGCAGGAAAGGGUGGGGUUAUGAUGCUGCUUUGGGAGGUAAUGACAAGUCCUGGAGAUUGCGCUGCUCUCCCUCCUUUUACUCAUUCAUGCACAAAAGAGAGGACACUGAAAUCCCUGCUCCCUCCUCCUCCAGAAUAGGAGUGUACCUGGAUCACGGGGCAGGAACACUGUCCUUCUACAGCGUCUCUGACACAAUUACCCUCCAGCACAGAGUCCAGACCACGUUCACUCAGCCCCUCUAUCCUGGGUUUGGGGUUUAUGGGUGUGGAUCUUAUGUAAAACUGUGUGAUCUGGGUUGAGUCAGAAAGUGAAGGGAAGAUCAGCUGUAAUUAAAGAGAGGGAAAACAGUGAAAUGAGAUUUACAUUGAUAUGCAGCUUCACAAAACUGAUUUAAUAAGAUAUGGUGAAGUUACUGUUGUGACUCCAUUUUGAUGAUUUAGGAGUGCUUAAUGGAUGAUUUUUGAGACGCCUUUAGAAGUAUUACAUCGCUGUCCAGGGCAUUUAGUGCUGCAGCACCCAGGCUCUGGAAUGACCUUCCUGGGUGCAAUAGGACUGAAUCCAUCCAGUCUCAUUAUUAUUCUCAUUAUUAUGAUGAAUAUUAAAUGCAUUUUCUUGAUUGAAAGUGUCAAUCUACGAUUUCUUCGGUUGUGGUGGAUUAAGCGCCCCCCCAUGGUGACUGGUGGUCAUAACAGGUCUCUUCUACAUUUCAUUUCCCAGAGUUCCCUGCUCUCAUACAGCCUUCUCACACGUUCCCUUUGUUCUGAUUGUCGGUGUGGGUUCCUUUUUUCAGUGACUUUUCUACUCGUACUUUCAUCCAUUGUGGUAAAGGAUGUCUCACUGGUCAUCACUAGAGAAAUGGCAGUGAUUGUGGUAAAGGAUGUCACAAUGGUCAUCGCUAGAGAAAUGCCAGUGGGAUUAUGUCUCAAAUAUGAUAUUUGUUCUUAUGAAGAAAUCAUAGAUUGCCACUUUACAAAAUCCCUGUAACUGCCAAUAAAACUGCUGUAUCUAAUAUAGAAAUAUCCUGCAUUGUGCAGGAAAACUGUCUAGGCCAAUCAAGAGCCUUUUUUCAAAGUAAACUUCUUUUUUUUAACCUCCAGAAAAUUAAAAAUCCUUAUUUUUAAUUUUUUGGUGGAUUUGGCGACAUCUGUGGUGACUGGCUGUCACAACAGGUCGUUUUUCACACUCCAAUUACCAAAUAUGAUUCAAAUUCCAUUCAAAAUUAUCACUAAGAGCACAUUGAAAAGAUUGCCUAGAGACAACUAACAAUGUUUUCUGACUGUAAUAUUGAGUAAUAUAUGAAAACCUGAUUUAAAGACGCUUUUAACAAAAUUGAAAAUAAAUUAUUUUUGAAAAGUGA